AUGGAUAAUAACAAAAAUUCUGACGAAAGCCAAAAAGCGCCGCGUCGCUUAAAAGCAGGAUGCGAUGUUGGUUGCCAGACUGACGCAAUAAAGCCUAGUGCCAAACCGGAUGUUAAAGCUGAGAAAUCAUGGGUCGCCAAUGGAAAUCCAGCUGGGGUUGCUGGAGGCUCUACAGGCGCUCCGUCAAAAUCAUCCGCCUUUGUGGCGGCAGAUGAACAAAAAUCAGCGCCUGCUGGUGUAAAACCCAACUCUGUUGCCGAAUAUUUUGCCGAUAAACAGAACGCGGCGCCUUCGGCAAAUGCCAAAAUGCGCACAUCGUCGACGACGGGUGUUGUAGGCGAAGGCAAAAAAUGUGUGCGCGCAAACACGACAUCACAGCAGGCGGGAUCGUCGAAUACGAAAGGCGAUGGGCCAUCAUGGGCUGAUGAAAAUUGCAAAUUGCAACUUGUCAUUAACCGAUUUUCCCAUUUGGAUGAGACGAUGUGUUCAGAAGCAAAGCUGAUCGAAGGAGUUCAAUGGAAAAUAAUGGUCAUGCCAAAACAACAUCUUGUACAGAAAAAACAGCAAAAGUGUAUGGGAUUCUUUUUGCAAUGUUCACCGGAGAAGGCAUAUUCUGACACGUGGAGUGUGCAUGCAAUUGCUGAUAUGCGAAUGCUCUCUCAUGACAAAAAUAUUCCGCAUUUUGCGAGACGGACUACGCAUACGUACACCGCCAAGGAAAAUGAUUGGGGAUACUCGUGUUUCAUGACAUGGGCGGAUAUUCUUGACAAAAACCAAGGAUAUAUCAAAGAUGACACUGUUGUUCUGGAAAUAGCAGUAAAAGCCGAGCCACCUAAAAAUAUGAUGACAUAUGAAGAGUUUGUCGAAAGGAUCGAGAAAUGGAUUGUUCUUGCGGAAAUGCAAAAGAGCAAAGGGCAGAUAGACUUAGCUCUUGAAGCCAACCAAAAUGCUAUGAAGUUUUGUAAUGGGAAGGAUGAUGACUGCUUUCAAAAAUUGACAAAACAGCGGGAAACUUUUGUGAAUGCGAAGCUUUUUGAAAGUAUUGAGCGAAUCGAGAAAGGAAAAACACCAACGGUUGCAACUGAUACCAGUCAUGGAAAGCCGACAUCUUUGCGACAAGCGCUGACAGGAGCGCAAAAGUCGUUGAGUGGAAAGAUGACGGCGAAGGGUGGUAAGAAAACUCGCGCGGUUGUUACGGUUCAGCACAUGAAAAAGAAGAAGCCUUAUGAACAGAAUGCCCAGCGAACCAAUAAUGGUGGAAGUUCAACGGUCAAGGAUCUCGUCGAAAACCGCAAGAAUGCUAAAUCCGAAGAAGCUGCUAAGGAAAAAAUUUCGAAAACGGGUCAGGAACCUGAUAACAAGCUCCUCGAAGAUAUUGCGAAAUCAACAGAAUCUUGUGAGCAGAAAAGCGCUGAAACAAGCACCCCGAGUAGUAUUUAUGCUGAGGAUGGGGAUCACAACACAGGUGAAGGUUACGCCGACGAAGAUGACGACGAAUAUGAUGAUGACGAGGUGUAUAACGAAGGAAACUACGCUGAUCAAGCGAAUGACGUGACAAAUGCACCAUAUAGUCAAGACGGCGACUCAGAAAUGUAUGAGCGUUUUGACUUCCCACCAGAAACAUUAGCUAUUAUAAAUGGCUGUACCGAAAUCGAUGAGCAGUGGCAUUCGAGCUGUGAAGAUCUUAUCAAAAUGUCCAGGCGGUCAUCACUCAGCGAAUAUUUGCCCAACUAUCAAGGCUACAACGAGGAUGGAGUGAUGAUGUGCGAUAGAAAAACUCAAACAAUGACUGCUGAGGCGCGAGAAAUUGAAAAGAUCAUGAAGGAAAACUUUGACACGAAUGAUGAGACUGUCGAAACAGAAGUGGAUACAGACUCAACAACCCAGACGGAACAUCCUCCAUUCAAGAAGACGAAGGAAGAUGGAACGGCUGUGAAAACGCGCAAGAAGGCAGAAAAGAAGCGCGACAAUCGCAAUAUGCACGAAGUACAACCAUAUUAUAAUAUGAUGUGGAGCGCAACACCUUGUGAGCGCAUGGAGUUGCCACCAAACCCAGGGAUGUUCACCAGAUGGAUGGAGGGAGAUGAUCCGUUGUUGAACUGUGCUCCUGUCGAUAGCGGUGGCCCAGAAAUGGAAUUGGCUCAACGCUUUGCCAACUGCAAGCUCGACGACUUCCAACAAGUUUUAGCGCUUGGGGCUCUUUCUUACGACGGAUUUCGAGCAAGUGUUGAUCGGGAAAAUGCGUAUCGUCCCGCAUUCUCUGACCUAGUGAUCAAAAGAUUGCUGAACUUAGAAGGAGCACUGACGGACCAUUUAAGUCCCGAAAGUAUUCUCGGGCGGAUGAGCGAUGUUGAUCAGAGGCAGCUGUUAGAUGAGAUCAAUGAACGGAUUGCUCCGCUUGUCGUUGCAUUGGACGUUGAUUACCGGAAGAGUGCUUACGCUGCUCAAAACUUUAUGAAGCAUUCACAGAAUUUGCUGGAAGAUGCACAGAAGAUAGUGCGCGAUUCGGAGUGCCUUCGUGAGACCAUACAGGAGAAAGUGGUACCUUAUCUUGGAAGCGAUUCGCCGAAGCGCAGUCCAGAUACGCGAGUAAAAUCUCCGCCGACUCCCGCAAAAGAAAAAACUGUGACGAGCGCUGCAACGAGUUCGACGAUGAAAAAUUCGAAGGGUCGACCAACGGUGAUUGCGAAGCGCACGAUACCGCCGAGAAACUCGAUGAUCAAGCCAGCAUCGCCAGUUGAUAUGACGAAAGAUUUGACUCUUCCCGAGCUUCCUCCGUAUUCAGCUGAAGGUGGGCCUCAAGAAAAUUCCUUGAGCUUUGUCAAUAUGAAUAACUACAUGACGUCGGUCAUUGAUAACAUGAAAAAUGCUCAUGCUCGAUUACGGCGAGUUAUUUGGGACUUCUUUGGUGACGAAGGUUUAACGAAGCUUUUGAAUGAUUUGAACGAUGCAAGAGAAAUGCAAGUAUCGAAACUUGAUCAAGAAACCAAAAAGUUGAGCGAUCGCUUGGAUGCUAUGGAAGGUGAAAAGCACAAGACCGAGAAAAUACUUCGUGAAAGCGAGCAAAAAGUCAAGUUCGAGGAAGAACGUAAUGCGAAACUCUCAAAAGAGCUCAAAGACGUUCGAAAUCAAUUGAAGAAGGCGGAAAAUCGCGCAACGAAAGAAGAAAACCGAGCUACUUCUCUUCAAGUGAAUCUCAAUGAUCUUGAUGAAAAGAUGAAGACGCUGAAAAAGGAACACGAAACGUUGAAAAAGAAGACAGCUGAAGAGCGCGCAAGAGUGAAAAAGGAGAAGGAGCGUGACACGCAGACAAUGAGGCAGCAAGUUGCGGAAAUAAGUGAUCGCGAAAACGAGCGUGAUCAAUGCAAAAAGGAGCUGGAGGAAUGCACAAAGGCGAAAGAAAAAAUUGAGAAGGAGCGACGCAAUGUCGCGGCGCAACUCGCAGCGAUGACGGAACGCGCUCGCGCUGCCGAACAUUCAAUUUUGGACUCGCGCAAAGCCAGCGCUCUUGAGGAAUUGAAGAAAAAGAGAAAAGAGGCUGCCGCAGGAUAUUCGGAGACUGAGCAAAACCUCAAUCGUGUUCGUCAGGCCAGCGAUAAAGAAGUUUUGCGAAAAAGUCUCGCCGAAUGGAAGGCGUAUUCCGACCGCGUCGAUAGUCUGUUUAAAUCGGUUUCGCAUGAUUACGACGUUGCAUUGGACAAUGUGAAAAAUGGAAGCAAAACGUUGGCCCAAAUUGGAGAGAUCAAAAUUCCAGCAUUGGAUGCUCUUCCAAAGCUGGUCAAGCCUCCUCCCGUUCAAGUUGUUGCACCAUCUUCGGCAGCCCUCGCACCGACAGUGAUUGCUACACCAGCUGCUGGUGUGAUAGGGCAACAACGAACGCCGGUUGGAAAUCGCGCGCAAGCCUAUAGUGGAAAUGAAAACGUGUCGACAUCGAACGUUUCUUCUUGCUCAACGCCUGCACGCGCUCGCACUUCUCGCCUUCCGUCACCGGUCGCUUCACCAUCGAAGAACACAACGUCAACUCGUCCGGCUGAUGAAGCCCCGGUUUCAUCGCUAUGGUCUUGGAACACCAUUGGAAACCUCAGCGAUUUGAGACCAUCAACCCAAACGGACACCUCGUCGUUUGGAAUGGAUCCACUUCAGCGCGAUAUUUGGGCGAACAAUGGAAAUGCUGGUGGAAGUAUUAACGUCGAUUUUCUUCGGCCUAGUGCUUCUAAUCUGAGUUCGAUUGGGUCUAACUCGUCGUCAUCCUUUUUGCGACAGACUUCUGCACAACAAUCGGCGCAAAAUCAACCGCAAAAUCGUGGAAUGUCGUCAUUUCGUCCGUACGGCGAUAUGUGGAGUCAGAACGCAAUGUCAAAUUUUCAAAUGCAACAGCCCACACAACAAGAGCAGAAUUAUGGCAUGAGAAUGCAGAAUCACGGUUCUGGAGAUCACCCAUCAACAGCAGCAAAUAACUACGGUAUGAAUGUGGCGUCUUGGAGAUCACAGUCAGUGACGAAUCCAGUGCUGAAUCAGCAGCAACAGCAACCGCCGAAUCCGCAAACACAUCCCGCACAUCUACCGUACUCACAUCAUCAGUUCUUCGAAUCAAACUAG